AUGUGCAGCACUCACAUCCAGGACAUGUUCGCACGCACGCCUCUGGCCUUGGCUCUGAUGAAUGGCCACUCCACAGUGGUUGGCCUGCUUCUUGGGGCCAAGGCAGAUGCUAGUGCGCAGGAGGAGUCCGAGGACGUCCUCACACCGAGUCAAACCACACGGAGCCGGCGAUCGCGCCGACACCACAAGUACUCGCGGAAGGACUCGCGGCGGGAUUCACAGAUCCUGCUGCAAAAGCAGUACUCGGAGAAGUCCUCGGAAAGCGGCAUCGAGCGCCGGCACUCGAAAGUUCUUUCUCUCACCUCUGAGGCUGCUGCGUCCAUUGGAGUGGCCUCCAUUGCCUCGAUGUCGGUCUCACACGUGGGCACGGAUCUCAGUGUGGCGAGCCAGGCCAGCCGCGCGCGCUCAAACUCCAAUCACUCCAUCGGUCACUCGGUGACCUUCGAAGAGGCUGCCGACGUCACGUUUUUUGCGGACAGCUCCUCCAGUGUUGAUAAUGAGGUCACCUUGAGUUUUAAUCUUGGUGGCGACCCUGGCUCCGACGAGGAGAGUGGUGCUGCUGUCUGCUUCGACUCCCAGGAUCCCGUGCCUGUCCGCCGGCCUGGAGAGUGGAUGGCGCUGGCUUUCAUGCUCGGCUGCCUCACGGGCUUCUUGGCCCACCGCCUACGCAGCUAA